AUGUCCGAAUCAUCUGUGUCAUCAUCUAAACCAUCUGUGGAAUUGCCACAAGCCACCUGGUCGCAUCUGCAAAGAUACCCAGCUUUGUCCAAGUUUAUCAAAUAUGCAGAAUCUCUGCCACCGGUGGAGAGACUAAUCUCCUUCAAUCUCGUUGUUUUGGGGUCUGUAAAUCAGUGGGUUUCCGAGUCGUCCAACUCUCCCCACCUGGUGAAGAAGGUUGUUGCUGCUGGAAAAGACGGUGCUUUCAAAUUGGACGAGUUGGUCAACCUCUUGGUGUUCAAAGAGGGUGUUGACGGCUUGUUGUACGGCUGGAAGUCUCAUUCCAACACGCCAGGUUUCUGGCUGGUGUGGUUCUUUGUCGACUACGUCGCCAACAUCUCCAACACUUUGUUAAGGGAGUUCCUGAUCAAGCCACUGCAUUUGCAAGGUUCUACUGCAUCGAAGGAGAUUGGCUCCUCCGGUGAGGAAAAUAAGAUCACUGACACCUCUUCUUUGCCCCACGUGGCAGAGCUGUCUUCAACCACCAGAAGUAUGUCGCACGAGAUUCAAUCCAAGGUCAAGUCCAAUUACAUCGACCCAACCAAGGACUUGGCCAAAGAAAAGUACGACUCUAUAGUGAAGCCCACCACUGAUAAGUUGCAGUCCGUGUACAUAGACCCAACAAAGUCUAGGCUGAACGAGACCUACCAACGCUUCACUACUGUGUACGAGAACAACUUGAGUAAGUCCGAAAGCGUUCCUAAAGCCAUUGUAUCCACUGGCUUGGAUCUCGGCAAUGCCACCAUAGAGAAGCUAAAGGCCUCAAGAGAGGAACAAGCCAAUUCCAAACCAGCGGCCGUUUCAACCUAA